GUAUUCUAUUUACUCGUUUUGUUGUAAAUUCCAUUGACAAUUGAAAUUUUCACACUAAACGCAACAGUUUAUAUCUCACGUAAAAUCUAUCGAAGGUAGUGUAGAUAAGACAUAGACACAAAGUAAAUAUAAAUAGCAAAGCGUGGCCAUCAAGUUCGUUGAUUUUUUGUUCACUUAAGUUUUUUUAAGUAGUAUGAAAAAGUGUUCAUUAAUUUAUUUUGUUGAGUCUAUUUUGUUGUAAAAAUACAAAUUAUUAUAUUGAAUACAAAUUACUUCUAACACUGUGUGUGACUUCUCUGUGAAAUUGAGUUUAUUGUUUUCUAGUCUGACGGCAUUUACACAGCUGGCUUUGGCCAAAUGAUGACGAUCAUAAAUAAUGGUAAAUCAUGUUUUUCGACUUAAAAUAGCGUGGUUAAUUUCUAUAAAUGAUUACCCAAAGAAAUAAGUUAACAAACAUCUCAAAAUUCUAUACAUAUUAACAGGAUUAGUUAAUAUUUCUUUAUUAUGAUCUUCAAAAAAAAUACAAAAUGGACCAUUUCCCAAAGAUGGGUUAUGGCUAUAAUGGGUAUGUUAGGUGUAACUAUGGCUUAUGUAAUGCGAGGUUGUUUGAGUAUAACUAUAACACAAAUGGUUAAGCCUAACAGAGAAAAUGCAACAAAUUAUAAGGGAAAUGAAUCUCUAAACUACUGUCCAAUGCCAAAUAUAAAAAUCAAUCAACAAAAUAAUAUAUCCGAUAAAGAUUACAGUGAUAGAUUUGAUUGGGAUCAAGAGACUCAGGGUUUGAUAUUAUCGGCAUUCUACUAUGGCUACAUUAUAACUCACAUACCAGGAGGACUUUUAUCACAAAAGUUUGGUGGAAAGCAUACGAUGGGUUUAGGCAUCCUUUCUACUGCGAUAUUUACUCUGUUUACGCCAAUGGUAGCUCGUAUGGGAGCAAAGUACUUGAUUAUAUUGCGAUUUGUCGAAGGACUUGGAGAAGGCACCACGUUUCCAGCACUUUGUACUCUCUUGGCUCAGUGGGCUCCGCCAAAUGAAAAAGGGAAAUUGUCUACUUUAGUUUUUGCAGGCGCACAAUUAGGAAGUAUUUUCGCCAAUUCAAUCAGUGGUUUAAUCAUUUAUUAUAUACCUGGUGGUUGGUCUAAUGUCUUUUAUUUUUUCGGUGUCCUAUCAAUGAUAUGGUUUGUCUUUUGGUGUGCAUUUGUUUAUAACGACCCGUUGUCACAUCCUUUUAUUUCUGAAGAUGAACGCAACUAUUUAUUACAGACAAUGGGGAGUAUCGAGAGGAAAAAAGAUUUAAUGCCAACUCCAUGGAAGCCAAUUUUAACUUCGUGGUCUGUUUGGGCGUUAAUAAUAGUUGAAUCUGGACACGAUUGGGGUGGUUACACAAUCAUCAGCGAUCUUCCUAAAUAUAUGAAUGAUGUUUUACAUUUUUCGGUAAAUCAGAAUGCGCUUUUAUCAUCAAUUCCUUUUAUCGCUCAAUGGAUAACAUCAAUUUUGUCCAGUAUAUUGGCUGAUUGGACCAUUCAAAAACAGUAUAUGAGCGUGACAAAUGUUAGAAAAGUUUACGCUGCUAUUGGAACCGUCGGUCCUGGACUGGGUGUAAUGUUUGCUUCAUUCGUUGGUUGUGACAAAGUUAUGGCUACAUUCUUUUUUGCAAUUGGAAUGGCUCUCAUGGGUUUUUGUUACCCAAGUAUCCGCGUAAAUGCUUUGGACUUAUCACCUAAUUAUUCAGCUACCAUCAUGGCCUUAGUAAAUGGAAUAGGCUGUUUAUCAGGAAUGGCAACUCCUUAUAUAGCCGGAAUAUUAACACCUAAUAAAACUAUUUUAGAGUGGCGUCUUGUAUUUUGGAUUAUGAUGGGUGUUAUGGUAUCUUCUACAUUGGUUUAUAGUGUAUUUGGAAGUGGUGAAUUGCAACCAUGGGAUGAUUUGGAACUUUAUAAAAACAAAAAUGAAAAUGAAAGCAACGAACCUCAAAUAAAGGACCAAUAUAAGAAGAAUUCAUUUGAAGAUGACUCAACUUUAAAACGACGAAUAUAAAUGUUGAAAAUAUUUUAUCUUAAAAUAUAUGAUUAAUUCCUAAACAAACUUAUGUUACUUGUUAUUUAAUUGUUUAUACGUGUUGAAUUGUUGUUGAGUAAUAUUUUUUUGACAAAUUUGAUUUAUUGAUAAGAAUUUCAUAAAUUACUUAUAUUAUCUUUAAGAUGUAUUUUGUCUUUUUAUAUUAUUUGUAACAAAAUGUACAAUUUCUAUUCAUUUACUUUUUAAAUUAAAAUUAUUAAAGUAAUUUUUAAAUUCAUAAA